AUGAAGAAAAAGAAAGUGAUGGGGAAUCUGCAUCAGCAUUUGACAGUAGCUAAAGAUUGGAUAAGAGUGGGACUGAAGGAAGAAUUGAGAAGAGAAUACAAGAGGAUUUCUAAAGCAUCUGUAAUCACAGAAAAAGAGGAGAAUAAUGAAAUAGUAGUAGCCAGCGAGCAUGUUAAGGAAGACAAAGACAACAAUAAAAAACUAAAUGAAUCAAUUCAAAAUCUAAAAAAUGAACUCACUCAACUUGUUGCUAUCUCUAAAAACAAAUUAAACGAAAGGGAACAAGUUUGGUUAGAAAUUUUGUUAGAGAUGCAAGAAGUACUCACUAAUAAUAACCAAGACGACACUGCUCAAAAGCAACUAAGCAAAGCCAAAGAAAAAUUAAACAAGAAAUUAAGAAAAGGAGAAAUAGAAAAUAUUUGCCAACUACAAGAAGAAAUCACCCAACUGGAAAAACAACAGAAACAAAAUUACGAUCGAGUAACUCAAAUUCAAAUCCCGCCCAAGUAA